CCUCUGCUGUAUUAUUCGGGAGGCUGCAAAAACUACGUAUCGUUAAAAAAUUGCAUUUACAGCAGAUACCAUUAGGUAGAUUUCAGAAGCGUUCUCAAGUCGGUUCUGAACGGCGCGCGCGUUUCGUCGUGAGGGCGCGAUGGCGUUCCCGUUCGAGCACAAAAACGCCGGGAACUCAGCUAACAGGAAUCAGGAACGGCUCCUAGGUAAAAUCUGAACGACUGAACGAACCGGCAUCAAACGCACUCGCUAUUAAAAACGUUCCGGUAAACACAAAUGGCGGCUUGUUCAUUUUCAUUCCUAACGCUAUAAAGUCGCCGCAUGCCGUGCGCGUAAAGUUCUGAUGAUAGCAGGGAGGGGACGUUCGUUGACGGCACGUCCCCUUGUUUAACCCCCGCGCGUUCCAAUAACAGCACGUCUAGUCAUCUGAGCGCUGGACUGUAUGAGCGUCUGAAUGAGGUUUAUCAAAGGCGAUACGUCAUUGCGCGCUGCAGCGAUUGGCUGGAUUCCGCUCCCUUUUCUCCACAAUUUGCAACCACGACCGGUCUUCGCCUCCGGAGCAGCGGCACCCCGCAGUAGAGGCAGGUAAAACAUACCGGUUUUAACGCGGAUCUUCGCGUUGCUCUCAUUGAUCGGCGAAGCCAGUUGCCUCUAGUUGGCCACUUUACGGUCUCCCUCAGACGGUCGCUGACGGACAGCCCUUCUUCUGCUGCUGCUGGCUGAUCUGAAGGAAUGCCGCAGUUGAGAAGCGAACGCUUUCCGCGAUUUGUGAAAGGCUAGCUUCGGCAAAAAAAAGGGGGAGAGAACAGCUCGCUUUGCGCACGAACGCCGCAAAGUUCGGGACCGGCGAGCGCGCUUUGUUCUCGAACGCAUCGCGUCCGCGUGCGCGCGUCGAAAGCCGCGGCUCUGAAAGUGUUUUAAAGGACGUGAACUAGAAAUGCUUUUGAUCGCUCUGCGCACAUGCUCUUUUCUAACGCUGGAUUCCCCGUUGGAUCUAUUUUAGGUGGACUUGCUUUUCCCUCAAGAGAAAUGAGCGCAAUAUAGCGCGCGCAUUCGCAGGGCUGGACAUUUCCGUUCGCUUUCAGUCUCCUCGAUUCUUCCCCGCAAUACAGACACUGCCCGAGCCGGACUAAAUGAGUGCCAGGACCUCGGAGAGACUGGCGCUUUCCAUUCCCCACUGUGCCUUAAACGGAACCGCUCUGGCCGGCAAUGGCACCUGCUUCGACCGGGUGGAUCAGCUGUUCCAGGCGUUCUCCUCCACCGCCGUGCUUUUUGUGCUCAUCGCGAUGAUCGUCGGGAUAAUAUUCGUGUCCGUCACGACCUUCCACUUUCACAAAAGCAAGAUGAAAAAGCGCAAGAUACAGAAAGCCCAGGAGGAAUACGAGCGCGACAACUGCAGUCCCAAAGCGGCCAAAGGCAAGCCGGUGGUCCGGCAGUGCAUCAUGGUGAGACCCCCCGCGGCAGUGCGCAAAAGCGACCCGAACGCGGAGGAUCCCGGCGUGACAGACGACAAGAGACACUCGGGACAGCCCAAGGAUGAGGACUUGUUGGAAUCGGUCGCUGUGUCUUGAUAACGCAGAGCCAGCCUUUAGAGGACGCUGUAAAUAACCUCUGUGUUCCUAUGAUAUCACCUGCGGAAUAUAUCGAUUCUUUGUAUAAGCGUUAGAGUUGAACGGUUUUCAUCGUGGAAGAACUCUAGGAACGGUUUUCGGUGUUUUUUUUUGUUUGUUUUUGUUUUUGGGAGACUAUAAGGACCGCGGAUGGAAUUUCUAUCGUAAUUUCGAACCAGUCCUAACGGGAUCGAGCUGAAAGGGCAUCGAGUAAGAUCCUGCUGGACAAAAUGAAAUGAGAAGGAGUAGUGGGAUGAGCAGAAUCGAUGCCGGAGAGAUCGAACAGAAACACCCCCCCAAGAAUCAAAUAAGCUUUCAAUUUCUCGGCCCGAACUGCAUCAGAUUCGAUUGAAUGAUGGGAUCAGAAUAAAAUAAUAAUAAAAAUACUAAUGCGAUUCCAAGACGGUCUUAUGAUAGGAUCUAACAAUCGUUGGAUCAAUCCCAAAGGACUUUAUUGAAUAUUUAUGGAAUUUCCGUCACAAUCAGGAACCGCUUUGAUAAAUCAAACAAACUCCUGGAUUCUGGCAUUAACCGGUUAAUUGAAUUUUCAAUGUUUUAUUGAUUUAUUUGAUCGAAAAUGUUCAUUUAGAAAAAAUAAUAAUAAACGGUGAGAUUCUUGGGAGGGAAAUCGGUUUCGUUAAACUAAAAUGAUCUUACUGAAUUUCUAUUAUAAUUCAUGUCCAAGUUGGACUAAACAGGAAUAAUCCAUCAACUAAAUAAGAUCAUAGACAGAAUUUUAAGCAUGACGUGAACUAAAAAAAAAAAACGAGAUUCAGUGAAUCAUAAUUUGAAGCCAAACACGAAUGAUCUAAGUAUCAGAGAACAUCCUUCUGGUUCUUAUUUUCCAAGCCCCUUUUAGUCAAUGUUUUCAUUCAAUCCGGCAGGAUUUUAUUUCAUCCCAUUAGGAUUGUCUUCAAAUUGCGAUAGACCUGCCGUCGGCGUUCCUUCAGGACACAGGCCCAGCGUCUGCAACACGGAUGGUCUUCUUCAUAUCGUUACGAGGGGAAUAAUCGUGAAACGGGGGCGAACACGGACAAAUGACGGAGCCGCUGCCAGCCUUUCAGAGUUCAUGCUGAAGGAAUAGUGAAGUAGCCGAAAGCUGAAAGGACGGUUCUCUUGUAUAAAGUCUGCACAGACGCUGUCCAGUGCUGAAACCAGGACAGAGACGACGGUCUUCUUCGUGCAGAGCCUCAACACAACUCGCAACCGUUUUCCUUCGUUUUGGGUUUUAGAAACUCUUAGGUGUUACUCUUUUAGGCGACAUUGUUGUUGUUUUUGACAGAUAUCGGGAUUUUCCUUUAUCUCAGUGGCUUUCUCGAGAUAGAAGCGCAAUUCGUGCCAUUCUGGCUUGGCAUGAAUCGGUCUAGUGUUUUAACCCCUUUAUCCCCGAGACUGUUAAUGUGCAACUGCAGCUGCUAGUGGUAGUAUAGCCUAUACUUGUUUUGUUCAUGGCACUGUGUAAUCAUAGUAAAACUUAUGUAACCUGAGGCGUUUCGGUUUUGUGUUACAGCUCUGUAUUAACGCUCUCUUUUUUGCAUUUUUGCUCUAGAAUUAAUAUAACACUAAUGAUCGAGUAUUAUAUUUUCUAUCAUUCUGAACUAGUGUAACAAUCGAUAAGAAAUAAGAGAACAUUUUAAAAGUCAUCUUAUGUAUUUCCUUGACGUUGUGUUGAACCGGAAAUGGAAGUUAUAGACCGAAGUCACGUAUUGUAACAGAUCGCAGUUUGAACUUUUGUUUUUAGAUCAAUGCAUACAAUUUUAAAUUACUAAUAAAGUAUUGUGCAAA